AUGUCCAAGGUAGCGGAAAAGGGCAAAGCAGGAGCAGGGAAGCUGCACCCAAUACUCGCAAACCGGCACCUCGAUACACGCAUCAAAUUGACGGUUUUGAAGAGCGUAAUCGUACCGCCGCUAGAGUACGCCGGAGAAGUAUGGGAAGGAAAUAAGAAGGUAGUGAAAGAACUCGAGGCGGCGCAGAUGAAAGCAGCGAAAACCAUCCUAGGAUGCUCCAGGCGCACAAAGGACGUAUGGAAGGGGCUCGACAUCGACGAAGAUGAAACGCUGGAAACGGAGGGUCUAAAGGGGUUCAAGGAGAAGACAUCUGUCGCUUGUGCCGAGAGGGAAGAACUGAAUCUAAGGAAAGAAUCCAAGGAUAAGGAGGGUCUAGAAGUGUACGGAAUGUUGAAGGAAGGAAUAGGGUUCAAGGACUACCUACAUGGACCAAUGGAUGCAGGAACAAAGCUUAAGGUCAAAUUCAGGACCGGGGACAUGGGCCUUCGAGAACGUCGAAGAAGGCAUAGGACGGUAGUCGACGAACACGACGAGUUCAAAUGUGAUUGCGGCUUCGAAUGCGAAGACCGUGUUCAUGUAGUCGCGGAAUGUCCGUUGUACAAGAAGGAGAGGGAAGUGUACGUGACUGAGCUGGGAAAAAUACAAGACUAG